AUGUCUGGCUACCAGGGCGGUCAUCACGACCAGUACGACCAGGGCUACGCCCAGGCCGGACACGGUGAUGGAUAUUAUCAAGACGAUCAGUACUAUGACAAUGGCCAAGGCGACCAUGGUGCACACGGCGACCAUGGUGCCCAAGGAGCCCAAGGCGACGGUUACUAUGAUGAAUCUGGAUAUUACCACGCCGAUGCCAACAAUCCGUACCAUCAAGAUGGGGGCUACUACGAUGGCCAUGAUCAGUAUCAAGAUGACUACUACAAUAAUAAUCAAGGGUAUUAUGAUGGCGAAUACAACCAGGGAUAUGCUCAAGGUGGCCGCCACCCAUCUGAAGAAGAGUCUGAGACGUUCAGCGACUUCACGAUGAGAUCCGACAUGGCUCGCGCUGCGGAAAUGGAUUAUUAUGGUCGUGGUGAUGAGCAAUAUAAUGGAUAUGGAGAUGGUGGACGUGGCUAUCGCCCGCCAUCUUCGCAGAUGUCGUACGGCGGUAAUAGGUCCUCCGGUGCUUCGACCCCAAAUUACGGUAUGGAGUAUGGUAACGGCCUACCGAGCCAGCGCUCCAAAGAGCCGUAUCCCGCUUGGACAUCUGACGCUCAAAUUCCACUUUCGAAGGAAGAGAUUGAGGAUAUUUUUCUCGACCUCACCUCAAAAUUCGGAUUUCAACGCGACAGCAUGCGCAACAUGUACGAUCAUCUCAUGACGCUUCUGGACUCGAGAGCUUCCCGCAUGACACCCAAUCAGGCGCUCCUGUCCCUCCACGCUGACUAUGUCGGAGGUGAUAAUGCCAAUUACCGCAAAUGGUAUUUCGCUGCUCAUCUUGACCUGGAUGAUGCUGUGGGCUUUGCCAAUGCCUCCACCAAGAACAGAAAGCGCAAAGCCAAGAAGGGCAAAAAGAAGGGUGCCGAUGCUGGGAACGAAGCCGAAACUCUUCAAGAACUCGAGGGCGAUGACAGUCUUGAGGCCGCGGAGUAUCGCUGGAAGACGCGCAUGAACCGCAUGUCUCAGUAUGACCGUGUUCGCCAAAUUGCCCUUUACUUGCUCUGCUGGGGGGAGGCCAAUCAGGUUCGCUUUAUGCCUGAAUGUCUCUGCUUUAUUUUCAAAUGCGCGGACGACUAUCUCAAUUCUCCAGCCUGCCAGGCGCUCGUUGAGCCUGUUGAGGAAUUUACCUUCCUAAACAACGUUAUCACGCCCUUGUAUCAAUACUGUCGCGAUCAAGGAUAUGAGAUUCUCAACGGCGUCUAUGUUCGCCGUGAACGCGACCACAAGCAUAUUAUUGGCUACGAUGACUGCAACCAGUUGUUUUGGUACCCCGAAGGUAUUGAGCGCAUCGUUCUCGAGGACAAAAGUAAACUCGUUGACUUGCCUCCUGCUGAACGUUACCUCAAGCUAAAGGAGGUAAACUGGAAGAAGUGCUUUUUCAAAACCUACAAAGAAUCGCGCUCGUGGUUUCAUUUGUUACUCAACUUCAACCGUAUUUGGGUCAUUCAUUUGACCAUGUUCUGGUUCUACACUUCCCACAACGCGCCAUCGCUUAUUACCUACCAGUAUGAGCAGCAGAAGGACAACCAACCACCCGCCUCGAAGCAAUUCUCUAUUGUCGGCUUUGGUGGCGCCAUCGCGUCACUGAUUCAAAUUUUCGCGACGUUGGCUGAAUGGGUGUACGUUCCACGCCGCUGGGCCGGGGCACAGCAUCUCACGAAGCGAUUGCUAUUUUUGAUUGUCAUCCUCGUCCUCAAUGUUGCACCAGGUGUUAAAGUCUUCAUGUUUCAUGGCAAUGGCAAGGCUACAAACGCGGACCAGAGGAACAAGGACACUCCUAUCGAUAAAGCUAUAGGCAUCGUCCACUUUGUUAUUGCUGUCUUCACGUUUCUUUUCUUCUCGGUUAUGCCUCUUGGAGGCCUUUUUGGCAGCUAUCUGACCAAGAAGUCCCGGCGAUACGUGGCAAGCCAGACUUUUACAGCCAGUUACCCUCGCCUAACUGGCAACGACAUGGCCAUGUCCUUUGGCUUGUGGCUCACUGUCUUUGGCGCAAAGUUCGGCGAAUCCUACGUAUAUCUCACUCUCUCGUUCCGUGAUCCAAUUCGAUACCUCUCGAUCAUGAAGAUUGACUGUUUGGGCGAUAAAAUGUUCGGAAACACAGCGGAAACGCAGCAAAUACUGUGCAAGCACCAGCCUACUAUUGUUCUCAUUCUCAUGACCUUCACCGAUUUGAUUUUCUUCUUCCUGGACACAUAUCUCUUCUAUGUCAUCUUGAACACCGUCUUCUCCAUUGCACGCUCAUUCUACAUUGGUUCAUCGAUCUGGACUCCGUGGCGCAACAUCUUUUCAAGACUUCCAAAGCGUAUCUAUUCUAAGGUACUCGCAACGACUGACAUGGAGAUCAAAUACAAACCCAAAGUCCUGAUCUCCCAAGUCUGGAAUGCUAUCGUCAUCUCGAUGUAUCGAGAGCACUUGCUUGCAAUAGAUCAUGUGCAAAAGCUGUUGUAUCAUCAGGUGCCCUCUGAACAGGAGGGCAAACGGACACUUCGCGCCCCAACGUUCUUCGUUUCCCAGGAAGACCACUCCUUCAAGACAGAAUUCUUCCCGAGCCACAGCGAAGCUGAACGUCGCAUAUCAUUCUUCGCCCAGUCUCUGUCGACGCCAAUUCCCGAGCCUGUACCUGUCGACAACAUGCCCACGUUUACGGUUAUGAUUCCUCACUACAGUGAGAAGAUUCUUCUCUCCCUGCGGGAAAUCAUCCGUGAAGACGAACCUUACUCCCGUGUGACCCUCUUGGAAUACCUGAAGCAGCUACAUCCUCAUGAAUGGGAAUGCUUUGUCAAGGAUACAAAGAUUCUAGCGGAUGAGACAGCUCAGAUGAAUGGUGAACCGGAGAAGAGCGAAAAAGACACGGCGAAGAGUAAAAUCGACGAUCUGCCAUUCUAUUGCAUCGGCUUCAAGUCCUCAGCCCCCGAAUACACCCUCCGCACUCGUAUUUGGGCAUCAUUGCGAUCCCAAACGCUCUAUCGUACGGUCUCCGGCUUUAUGAAUUACAGCCGUGCUAUCAAACUCCUCUAUCGUGUUGAGAACCCGGAGGUUGUUCAGAUGUUCGGCGGAAAUUCGGAAAAGCUAGAGCGAGAACUGGAGAGAAUGGCUCGGCGCAAGUUCAAACUGGUCGUUUCCAUGCAACGCUACUCUAAGUUCAAGAAGGAAGAGAUGGAGAAUGCGGAAUUUCUUCUUCGCGCUUACCCAGAUCUUCAAAUUGCCUACCUUGAUGAAGAGCCUCCACUCGCAGAAGGCGAGGAACCUCGUCUCUACUCGGCACUGAUCGACGGUCAUUCGGAACUAAUGGAGAACGGUAUGAGGCGUCCCAAGUUCCGCGUUCAGCUCUCUGGCAACCCGGUUUUGGGCGAUGGCAAAUCUGACAAUCAAAAUCACGCAAUCAUCUUCUACCGUGGUGAAUACAUUCAACUUAUUGACGCCAAUCAAGACAAUUACCUGGAAGAAUGCCUAAAGAUUCGCAGUGUUCUUGCAGAGUUCGAGGAGAUGAAGCCGGAUAACCAAUCGCCCUACACACCUGGAGUGCAGAACGAUGUCCACACACCCGUUGCUAUUCUCGGUGCUCGUGAAUAUAUCUUCUCGGAGAAUAUUGGUAUUCUCGGUGACGUCGCUGCCGGAAAGGAACAGACAUUUGGUACCCUCUUUGCGCGUACCAUGGCACAGAUUGGUGGUAAACUUCACUACGGCCAUCCUGAUUUCCUUAACGGCAUUUUUAUGACAACGCGAGGCGGCGUAUCAAAGGCGCAGAAGGGACUGCACUUGAAUGAGGAUAUUUUUGCGGGUAUGAAUGCACUUGUCCGUGGUGGACGCAUUAAGCACUGUGAAUACUACCAGUGUGGCAAGGGUCGCGAUCUUGGUUUUGGUUCCAUUCUUAAUUUCACCACCAAGAUUGGUACCGGCAUGGGAGAGCAAUGGCUCUCUCGAGAAUACUACUAUCUCGGUACUCAGCUCCCUCUCGACAGAUUCCUGUCCUUUUACUAUGCCCACGCCGGCUUCCACGUCAACAACAUGUUCAUCAUGCUGUCUGUCCAGUCAUUUAUGCUGACGCUGAUGUCCAUUGGUGCCCUUCGACAUGAAACAAUUCGCUGCGAUUACAACCCGCAGAAACCGAUCACAGACCCUCUCUACCCCACGAAGUGCUCCAAUACCGAUGAGUUGAUGGGCUGGAUUUACCGGUGCAUUAUCUCCAUUUUCUUCGUUUUCUUCAUCUCCUUCGUGCCCCUCAUCGUCCAGGAGCUGACAGAACGCGGUGUCUGGCGUGCGGCUCUGCGCUUCAUCAAGCAGUUCUGCUCCCUAUCCCCCUUUUUCGAAGUUUUUGUCUGCCAGAUUUAUGCCAACUCCGUCCAACAGGAUCUGGCAUUUGGCGGUGCACGAUAUAUCGGUACCGGCCGUGGUUUCGCAACAGCUCGUAUUCCUUUUGGCGUUUUGUACUCGCGGUUUGCUGGGCAGUCGAUCUACUUUGGUGCCAGAUUGCUAAUGAUGCUCCUGUUCGCGACGGCGACGGCAUGGCAGCCGGCUCUGACUUACUUCUGGAUCGUCUUGCUUGGUCUCAUUAUUUCUCCAUUCCUGUACAACCCUCAUCAGUUUGCUUGGACCGAUUUCUUUAUUGAUUACCGUGACUUCCUUCGUUGGCUGUCGCGAGGCAAUUCUCGCUCGCAUGCUUCUUCCUGGAUCGCAUUUUGCCGACUCUCCCGCACUCGCAUCACAGGUUACAAGCGCAAAGUCAUGGGCGAUGCUUCUGCCAAGAUGUCUGCCGACGUCCCUCGCGCUGCUGUGGCCAACAUUUUCCUCACUGAGAUCCUCACGCCGCUGCUACUUGCUGCCACUACAACUGUUGCUUACUUGUUCAUGAAUGCACAGACGGGCGUCACUACCGCCAACAAUCAGAACCCUUCGCCCGCCUUCGAAGUUGGACCUUCUGGCUCAUUGAUUCGAUUGGCAGUUGUUGCCUUUGCGCCUAUCGGCAUCAACGCUGGUGUUCUUGCAGCCAUGUUUGGUAUGGCGUGCUGCAUGGGACCAGUUCUGAACAUGUGUUGCAAGAAGUUUGGCCCCGUUCUCGCAGGUAUUGCCCACGGUGCGGCUGCAGUCUUCAUGAUUAUCUUCUUUGAAGUCAUGUAUGUUUUGGAAGGAUUCAACUUCGCCAGGGCCCUCUCUGGCAUAAUCGCCGCCAUGUGUAUCCAGCGGUUUGUUUUCAAACUCAUCGUGUCGCUGGCGUUGACGAGGGAGUUCAAAACUGAUCAGUCCAAUAUUGCGUUCUGGAACGGAAAAUGGUAUUCCAUGGGCUGGCACUCCAUUUCUCAACCGGCGCGAGAGUUUCUCUGCAAGAUUACGGAACUCAGCAUGUUCUCCGCCGAUUUCAUUUUGGGCCAUUGGAUUUUGUUCAUGAUGGCCCCCUUUGUCUUGACCCCACAGAUCGAUAAGAUCCAUUCCAUGAUGCUCUUCUGGUUGCUGCCUAGUCGUCAGAUUCGUCCCCCCAUCUAUUCCAUGAAGCAGUCAAAACUCCGUCGCAGACGCGUAAUCCGCUUUGCCAUACUGUACUUUGUUCUCUUCGUUCUUUUCCUUGCGUUGGUGGUUGCUCCCGGCGUCAUUGGCAAGAAGGUUCUCGGUGACAUGAUCUUCAAAGCCCUAUAUGAUCGCAAUGGAGGCCCGGCUGGCAUGUACCUUCUGCAGCCUUGGGGACUGGACCACAACAACACUGACGGCAAGACUGAGACUGGUACAAAAGCGGGUGGUGGUGAUGCAUCUGCGACAUCUACGGAUGGGUCUUCGAAACUGCGUCUCUUCUAA